AUGACGCAGCUGCGCGAGAUGCGCGAGGUGGAGCGAGGCGACGCGACGGUGAACGUGCGGCGGCGGCGCGUCGUGAGGAGAGCGACGACGAACGUCGGCGAGGCGGGCGCGGCGCCCGCGGCGACGCCCGCGGAGGAGGAGGCGAGCGGCGGGAGAGGGAGAGCCGGAGAGCCGGAGCCGGAGCAGUCGUCGUUCGAAGCGGAGGAGGACGCGUGGCAGCGAUCGCGAGAGGCGGAGUGGGCGGUGAGAGCGCAGCUGCGCAAUCUGAAGGACCGCGAGACGCGUCGGCGGAGACGCGUGACGCCGCCGCAGAAGGGGAAGUUCGUCGAGCCGUUCGCGGACAUGUCCCCGACCGCGCACGACGACGAGUGGAAUCACUCCGUGCAGUGA